CACCAACACCAUUCCCACAACCGUUGGAUGAAUCUUAUUCUUUAGAUCUAAAAAAAGUAAAAAGAACACCACCACCACCGCCGCCGCCGCCACCACCUCCUUAUAUUCCAAACUUUGACUAUUUUAUGUUGGCUCAAACAUGGCCAGUAGGAUUUUGCAAGAUUAAUACUUGUGUCAGUCCUAUUCCAACACCAAUAAAAUUCAAAAUUCAUGGCCUAUGGCCGAACAACAUAACCGGUUCGCAACCAAGAGAUUGUCUCGGCCCAGGAGGCGCUCCAAUUCCACCAGCAAUUAAUGAUCUUGAUAAUACUAUACUGCCUAGGCUUAAUAGUAAUUGGCCGGGGUUAAAACAGAUUGAUCAGCAAAUACGUUUUAAUAACAUAAGAUUUUGGGAACAUGAAUGGAAAGCACAUGGAACUUGCUCUUACCCAUUGUUUACAUUUCGUGAAUACUUUGAGACGGGGUUAAAUCUUUAUGCUAAACAUGACCUCAUGGCUAUUCUUGCCAGGGAGGGUAUUAAACCUGGAAAACUUGUGUCUAAAGUUGAUAUUGUCAAUGCAAUAUACAAACAUAUCAAUUUUAAGCCACAAAUUGAAUGUGCACUAUAUGGUAACACUUAUUAUUUAUAUGAAAUAAGACUUUGCUUCACUGUAAGCAAAACCCCUCAGUACCAAAAUUGUAAUGCUCAAUACAUCAAUUGUGCUAUUGGGCAAGUGUAUUACUGAUCAUUUCUUAUUACAUGAUAUGAAUAAACAAUUAAACUUCUUUUGAUUCA